UUCAAAAUUCAAAACUACCAGUAACUUUGAUAAAAAAUUUUUUAAAAAAGAAACUGGAACGAUGUGUUUCAUAUCAAAAACAGAAAUGUUCAAGAUUAUCGUCGUUUUAAUUGUUUUGUGUUACACACAAUCAUCGGAAGGUGGAAGUUUAAGAGGACAAACCGUCAUAAACAAGAAAAAAAUUAGUGCUUGCUUAAAUUAUGGACAUUCAUGUUUGGGAGCCCAUGGAAAAAGAGAUCAACUAAGGAGUACACCUGCACGUGAUGACUCCACGAUUAUGGAGAUACCGAUCGAUAUCAGAUGGUUUUUAACUAAAUUAUAUGGAGGAAAUAAUGUUAUGGAUGUGCCGGGAUUAAGAUAUCAGCAACGCCAAAGAGAAAACGAUUUCAACGAAUAUAUUCAAAGUUUUCCCGAAGACAAUGAAAUUAAAGAACCUGAAGAUACCUAUAUUGAAGAUGAAUACAAGGUUUUAAAAGAUAUCCAAUUUUUAAACUUUUUGAAAAAUAGAAAAUUCUUUAAUCAAGACAUUUAUCGUAAUUAAUAAAAAAAGGAUGGAU